AUGGGAAUCCACGGCCUGGCCAAGCUGAUCGCUGACGUGGCUCCCAGUGCCAUCCGGGAGAACGACAUCAAGUCCUACUUCGGCCGCAAGGUUGCCAUCGACGCCUCCAUGAGCAUCUACCAGUUCCUGAUCGCCGUGCGGCAGGGAGCGGAGGUCCUGCAGAACGAGGAGGGGGAGACCACCAGCCACCUGAUGGGCAUGUUCUACAGGACCAUCCGCAUGGUGGAGAACGGCAUCAAGCCUGUGUACGUCUUCGACGGCAAACCCCCGCAGCUGAAGUCGGGGGAGCUGGCCAAGAGGACCGAGCGCCGGGCCGAGGCCGAGAAGCACCUGCAGGAAGCGCAGGAGGCCGGGGAGGAGGAGAACAUCGAGAAGUACAGCAAGAGGUUGGUCAAGGUGACCAAGCAGCACACUGAUGAGUGCAAGAAGUUGCUCAAGCUGAUGGGCAUCCCCUACGUGGAGGCGCCGGGAGAGGCUGAAGCCAGCUGUGCUACCCUGGUGAAGGCUGGGAAGGUCUAUGCUGCUGCCACGGAAGACAUGGAUUGCCUGACCUUUGGCAGCCCUGUCCUGAUGAGGCAUCUUACAGCCAGCGAGACCAAGAAGCUGCCCAUCCAGGAGUUUCACCUCAACCGGGUUCUGCAGGACCUAGGCCUGACCUGGGAGCAGUUUGUGGACCUCUGCAUCCUCCUGGGCUGCGACUACUGCGAGAGCAUCCGCGGCAUCGGGCCCAAGCGCGCCGUGGAGCUCAUCAGGGAGCACAAAACCAUCGAGAAGAUCAUUCAGCAGAUAGACACCAAGAAGUACCCUCUGCCUGAGAACUGGCUGCACAGGGAGGCCCAGAAGCUCUUCUUAGAGCCCGAGGUGGUCGACCCCGAGGCUGUGGAGCUGAAGUGGGGCGAGCCCGAUGAGGAGCAGCUCGUGCAGUUCAUGUGCGGGGAGAAGCAGUUCAACGAGGAGCGGAUCCGCAGCGGGGCCAAGAGGCUGCUCAAAAGCAGGCAGGGCAGCACGCAGGGCAGGCUGGAUGACUUCUUCAAGGUGACAGGUUCCAUCACCUCAGCCAAGCGCAAGGAGCCCGAGACCAAGGGCUCAGCCAAGAAGAAAGCCAAGACCAACAACGCCACAGCCACCAAGAGCAGAAAGGGGAAGUAG